AUGAGUACUCAUUCUCAAUCCCCUGAACCAUCUGCCCCACUUUCCAGUCAAACCAAGCACCAUGGGUCCGGGAGGCAUUGGACCGAUGAAGAAAGUGCUCUAAUGGAAAAACAUCGGGAGGAGUACAGAGACGCCAACGACGCUGCUCGUGCUGAGAUAUUUUCUCGAGUUUUGCAAGACAUGCUCGACAUACUCCCCAAUGGAAAAUCGUUCAAGAAGGAAGAAAGAUCAGCUGUUAAAAAAGAUAUUAAAGAGUGGUUUGCCCGGUACAGUCGUAAGAGAAGUCAGAAAAUGCCGAGGAUGGGAAAGUCGUGGCACGCCCAGCAUGUGUUCCAGCAUGAGAACAAGGACGCUAUCGAUACCGAAGCGAAAAGGCUUUGUGCCGAAGCCAUUGAAGAGGGACAAAAGAGGCCUAAAGGGGGAGAUCCCACUCAUUUUGAUUUUCGGGAGCGGGUCGUGACUCAAAUGAUGGGAAAACUGAAGAAAAGGGAGAAAGACGUACUGCAGAGGACGGCCGAGGAGUACAACAAGAAGGGAGUUGACCCGGAACUCAAGUCCAAACUGGCUGUAAAGAACUGCACGGCUCGGAUGCAUGCAUUUUCCAAGGAACUUUAUGACACAAUGGGUGUCCGGGUCUUUAUCUUAGGAUGUUAUCUGAAGCCCGAUGGUAAUUUGGACGUCUCGACGUACGACUUCAAUCAAGAACUCGGGAAUGGGAAAGACUUUAUUGAUAACCAUAGCCAGACUUUCCAUGAGGAAGGAAUAUCGGAUUUGGAUGUGGACAAGCCGGCCAAGAAACGAACCGAACAGUUUUCUAAGGAUGACUGGACUCCUGAUCGGGAUGGCUCCGAUGACGAUGGAGAAGACUUGGACGUGGAGAAACCAACCAAGAAACCAACCAAACAGCAUGACGAACAUCGUGAGGAUGGCUCCGAUGAUAGUGACUCAGACUCCGAUAAUGGUCAAGAGAGGCCAAAGCAGGAUACUCUGACCGAGCCCACAGUGAAACCUAGCAGGGUCAACCCGACCUUGGAAGAGGAUAGAGACUCGGGAUCAGAUUUGGGCUCAGACGAUGCUACGAUCACUGUAGAUACCAGCCCCGAGCUUCAGCCUCGGUACAACGACACCCGGGCUCUCUCCCAUGAAGUACCAUCAGACACUGAGGUCUUGGCUGAUGAUACAUUUUGGGAAGCUGACCUGGGCUGUGGGGUGGAGUCGGCCGAUCGAGCGAAGAAGAGAAAAUUCACUGAUGAGGAGGAUACACCCUGCAAGUUUCCUCAGUUAGAGAAGGGUUACAAACUUGGCCCGAGGAGUGCCCGACCAGGCAAAGUCAAAUGCCGAGCUGCCUCGGCUGUUAUCCAAGCCACUGUCAAACCAGCUCAAGCAACCAAUCUGAGGUCGGACACAACCAAAGCUUCGAAUAGCUUUGAUUUCACUAAGUCAAGUGGUGUCAACGCAAAACGACCAGUCCCUUCAAAACAAAAGGAGUCAGAGGCCGGUCCCAGUCGGCAACCAUCUAUUGAUGUCCCCACCAAGCCAAAACCAAAACCUCAUCCUAUCAUUAAAGGCAAGGUUUCUACAGGGGAACUCGGUAUAGUAACCCGAGAACGGUCGAAAAAGAUUGCUGAAGAAAGUGUUCGUUCCACCUGGUCCAAGAAAGUUUCAUUCGUCAGUUAA